AUGGGCGCUUCAGACAACUUCCUCGAGCUCGUCAAGGCACGCCGCUCCGUAUACACCCUGACUGCCGAGUCCACAAUCCCAGACUCCAAGGUCGAAGAAAUUGUCAAGUUCGCCGUGACAUGGUCCCCUUCAACCUAUAAUGUUCAGUCCGCCCGUGCGGUUGUACUGUUCAAGGAGAACCACAUCAAGCUCUGGGAUAUUGUGAAGAAGCACAUGGACCAAGUUCCCAUGGAGGAAGGCAUGAAGGCGUACAUGGCUGGCCGAAUCGCGGGAUGGAGAGCGAGCUACGGAACGGUGAUGUGGUUCGAGGACCAGGCGGCCCUGGACCGACUGGGUGACAAGAAUCCUAUGAUCAAGCCGAUGUUGACUGAAUGGUCGGAUCACUCGACUGGUAUCCAUCAAUUUAUUGUCUGGACUGCUCUCGAGGCGGAAGGCCUAGGAGCUAACCUCCAACAUUUCAACUUCCACCCCGGCAUCGCAGCCGAGGUUAUCUCAACUUUCGGUCUUCCAGAGACAUGGAAACUCAAGGCACAAUUGGUCUUUGGCAAACCCACCGAAGGACCCAAGGACAAGACAUUCGAGCCUAUUGACAGCAGAGUUUUGGUCAAGGCAUGA